AUGUCUAACAAUCAUAAUCUACAAUAUGAUGGUACUUCAUUCAUCAUUGAUAUCACCAAUACCUUCACAAAAGUCACUUCUCAAUACACCAACAAUGCAAAACGAAGGUGGCGUUUUGCUUAUACAGCUAUUUAUUCUAGAAGGGUCAUGCUUUCCCUUGCAAAAGAAGUUAUAUCCAGAAAAAAUUCAAAACUCUUUCACACACAGUCUUCUAGCACCACUCUUGAUGUAAUUGAGCCACUGAUUACUCGACAUAACGAAACCAAUCGUUAUUCUUUGGUUUCUCGUGAUGUUGAUAUGAUCAAACUCGCUGAUAUGGUUAAGGACAACAACUUGAAGUCAUUAGAUGAGUUUGGAGGAGUGGAAGGUGUUGGAAAUGUUCUUGGGACGGUUCCGAAUAGGGGAAUCGUUGGAAGUGAUGAUGAUAUUUCGAGACGGGUGGAGUUGUUUGGUUCGAAUACUUACAAGAAGCCGCCUCCUAAAGGUCUUUUACAUUUUGUGCUUGAAGCUUUCAAUGAUACAACUAUUAUUAUCCUUCUUGUUUGUGCUGGACUUUCCCUUGGUUUUGGCAUUAAGGAGCAUGGACCAGGGGAAGGUUGGUAUGAAGGUGGAAGUAUAUUUGUAGCGGUUUUUCUUGUGGUGGUUGUAAGUGCAUUAAGCAAUUUCAGACAAGAGAGACAGUUUCAUAAACUGUCUAAGAUAAGUAACAAUAUCAAAGUUAAGGCUGUGAGAAAGGGAAGGCCGCAGAAUAUAUCGAUUUUCGAUGUUCUUGUGGGAGAUAUUGUGUCUCUCAAGAUCGGUGAUCAGAUUCCAGCUGAUGGAGUUUUUUUAUCAGGUCAUUCAUUGCAGGUGGAUGAGUCUAGCAUGACAGGUGAGAGCGACCAUGUAGAGAUUGAGCCAUUAAGAGCGCCUUUUUUGUUGUCCGGCGCGAAAGUGGUGGAUGGAUAUGGGCAGAUGCUUGUAACAUCUGUUGGGAAAAACACGUCGUGGGGGCAAAUGAUGAGCUCGAUAUCGCGAGAUACUAAUGAGAGGACGCCGCUGCAAGCUCGCCUUGACAAGUUAACAUCUUCGAUCGGGAAGGAAAAGAAAGGGAAUAAGAAGUUUCAAGGAAGUGACAGCGAUGUAAACGAUGUUUUGAAUUCUGUUGUGAGUAUUGUUGCGGCUGCGGUUACUAUUGUGGUUGUGGCGAUCCCCGAGGGUUUACCGUUGGCCGUGACGCUCACGCUUGCUUACUCGAUGAAAAGAAUGAUGGCAGAUCAUGCCAUGAUGAGGGUGACCAAGUUUUCUCUCGGCCUUGAAAAUUUUAUCGAAAAUUUUUCCAAUGCAAUGGCUCCGAACGUUCUCGAGUUAUUCCACCAAGGGGUAGGCCUUAAUACAACCGGAAGCGUCUAUAAGCCUCCAUCAGGAUCUGAACCUGAAAUUUCAGGUAGUCCAACGGAGAAAGCGAUUCUUAUGUGGGCGGUAUCGGAAUUAGGUAUGGACAUGGAUGAAAUGAAACAGAAACAUAAGGUCCUUCAUGUUGAAACGUUUAACUCAGAGAAGAAACGAAGCGGCGUGGCAAUAAGGAAGGACAGCGAUAGCCAAGUUCAUGUACAUUGGAAAGGAGCCGCAGAGAUGAUACUUGCAAUGUGUACAAACUAUAUUGAUAGUAACGGUGCGAGGAAGUCCCUCGACAGAGAAGAACGGUAUAAAAUCGAGAAGAUAAUUCAACGUAUGGCCGCUAGUAGCCUAAGAUGCAUUGCUUUCGCUCAUAUGGAGAUUUCAGAUUCAGAAGAAAAUGAUUUUAUGAUCAAAAGGGAGGAGAAAAAGUCGCUAAGAGAAAACGGGUUAACCUUGCUUGGCAUUGUUGGUCUCAAGGAUCCAUGUAGACCAAACACUAAGAAAGCUGUGGAAACUUGCAAAGCUGCAGGAGUCGAAAUUAAGAUGAUCACCGGCGAUAACAUAUUCACCGCAAAGGCAAUAGCAACAGAAUGUGGAAUAUUAGAUCCUAAGGAUCAUGCAAAUGCCGGAGAAGUGGUGGAAGGUGUUGAAUUCAGAAACUAUACAGAAGAAGAGAGAAUGGAGAAAGUCGAUAACAUCCGAGUGAUGGCAAGAUCAUCUCCUAUGGACAAACUCUUGAUGGUGCAAUGCCUGAGAAAGAAAGGCCAUGUAGUUGCAGUCACAGGCGACGGUACAAACGAUGCACCUGCAUUAAAAGAAGCCGAUAUAGGACUCUCAAUGGGAAUCCAAGGAACCGAAGUCGCCAAAGAAAGUUCCGCUAUCGUUAUCUUAGACGACAACUUCAACUCCGUCGCAACUGUUUUAAGGUGGGGAAGAUGUGUUUACAACAACAUCCAGAAAUUCAUUCAGUUUCAACUAACUGUCAAUGUCGCAGCACUCGUGAUAAACUUCAUCGCAGCAGUAUCUUCCGGCGAUGUUCCCUUAACAACAGUUCAACUUCUUUGGGUGAAUCUCAUUAUGGACACACUAGGUGCUUUGGCACUAGCAACAGAAAGGCCUACAAAGGAGUUAAUGAAGAAAAAACCGAUCGGUAGAACCGAGCCUCUUAUCACAAACAUCAUGUGGAGAAACCUUCUAGCACAAGCUUCAUAUCAGAUCGCGGUUCUUCUGAUUAUGCAGUUCUACGGAAAAUCAAUCUUCAACGUAAGUAAAGAGGUAAAAGAUACACUAAUCUUUAACACUUUUGUUCUCUGCCAAGUUUUCAACGAGUUCAACUCGAGAAGCAUGGAGAAACUAUACGUAUUCGAAGGCAUUUUGAGAAACCAUCUUUUUCUCGGAAUUGUGGGGAUAACUAUUGUCCUUCAAAUCUUGAUGGUUGAACUGCUAAGGAAAUUUGCUGAUACAGAAAGAUUAACAUGGGAGCAAUGGGGAAUUUGUACCGGUAUCGCAGUUGUUUCAUGGCCUCUUGCUUGCAUAGUAAAGCUCAUACCUGUUUCAAAUCAACAUUCAUUCAACUAUACUAAGUGGGUUAAGUUAUUAGUCUUCAAGAUUAAGAAAGCUUUUUAA